AUGUCUGCAAGAGUGGCCUCCGUACGCGGUGGCAAUCAGAACAAAUCUGUGCCUGCUGGCGUACCGAACCAAACGCUAUAUUGUACCAAUCUCCCAGACAAACUCCGGAAGUAUGACUUACGGUUGUCGCUCUAUACUCUUUUCUCCACCUACGGUACUGUCUUGGACGUCGUGGCCAUGAAAACUGAAAAAAUGCGCGGUCAAGCGCAUAUUGUGUUCAAGGAUGUCCAGGCUAGCACACAAGCUAUGCGCGCGUUACAGGGUUUCGAAUUCUUCGGGAAAGAAAUGAAAAUUGUCUAUGCCAAAGGCACGUCGGAUGCGAUCGCCAGGCUACGAGGGACCUACAACGUCCCCACAACUACUGCUCCCCAAGCUACAGGUGCUUCCACAGAUCUCCAGAAAUCGAUCUUCAGCGGUCCGCCUGGAUCCACAGCACUGCCCCCGAAACCCGCGGGGCAGGUCAACGGCGAGGCCCAGGCAGCUCAUGGAACUAAGCGGCCUCGUGAGGAAGAAAGUGAUGAAGAAGAGGCACCGAUGGACGAGGACAGUGACGUGCCAAUGGAAGCCUCGUCAGAUGAAGAUUAA